AUACUAUUAAAAUAAAAUUAAUAAGUUGACAAUGAAAUCCCAUUUUAUGCUUGCAUUUACUCUGCGGGUUGUGUUAGUUAUUUACUCGAAUUACCAUGAUCAAAACUUUAAAGUACCAUUCACUGAUAUUGAUUACAAAGUAUUCACAGAUGCUUCACGAUAUAUGCUAGAUGGUUUGUCUCCAUUUAAUCGACACACUUAUAGGUACAGUCCGUUAUUAGCUUUAAUUUUAACACCGAAUAUCUUCUUGUAUUCAAAUUAUGGAAAGAUCUUGUUUUCUUUCGUUGACAUUUUAGUUGCAAUAUUAAUAAGAAAAAUACUAGCAACUAAUACAAAUUAUGAUCAGCAUAUGGUUAACUUUUGUGCAUACUUAUGGCUAUAUAACCCUUUGAUCAUUAUUAUAUCAACAAGAGGUAAUGCCGAUUGUUUAGCUGCAUUUUUAGUAACUCUGUCAUUAUACUUUUUAGAAUGCGGUUUCUGUUCAGCCGCUGGUUUAAUACAUGGACUUUCUGUACAUUUUAGACUCUAUCCCAUGGCUUUUAGUUUAGCAAUGUAUUUUUCACUUAGCACGUCAAAUAAUAUUUUUAUAAAUAUGAAACAAAUUAAAUUCACUUUAACUUGUUUGAUUUCUUUAAUUAUCGCAACUGUCAUCAGUUACUAUUUCUAUGGUUUCAAGUUUAUCCAUGAGAGUCUAAUAUACCACUUAAUUAGAAAAGAUGCACGGCACAAUUUUUCUGUGUUCUUUUAUACUCUUUAUUUGUCUGCUGAUACCAUUCCUUCUAAGUUUCUGCGAAUAUUCAAUAUUUUACCGCAACUCAUUUUGUUAAUAAAUUUAUCUGGGUUUUACUCAUCUAAAAAGAAUCUGCCAUUUGCACUUAUGAUGCAGGCAUUCGUUGUUGUCAUUUUUAACACAAUCAUGACUUCACAAUAUUUUUUCUGGUUUUUAUCUUUAUUUCCGUUAUGUUUUCCAAAAUUAAUGUAUAAUGUUAGAAGGAUAAUGAUGUUAUUGGUACUUUGGACAAUUAGUCAAGGUAUGUGGCUUGGCAUGGCAUAUGCGUUAGAAUUCAAAUCCUUGAAUUCUUUUAAUUGCAUAUGGCUCUCCAGUAUAUUAUUCUUCGUAAUUAACAUUCAGAUCUUAAGCGAUUUAAUUCAAAUUUAUAAAAAGUACUAUUAAGCUUAGGUAAUUAGGCUUUAUUCCAGUGCUGUUAACGGAGGGCAACUUUUUCAAUUGCGUAUCUACAUUGCCGUGCUAAAUUUGUAGACCACCUCUUUUUUUAUGACUGAACAAAUUCUCUUAAUUUUAAUUAUACCAGAGCAAAAAAAAUUCUCUUCAAAAGGUUGAUUGUUUUCGAAAUUCUGUAUAAAAUAAGCCCAGGGUGAAGCCAAUUUGUUCUUGCAAUUCAAAAAGAAAAUGUUUACGAUGUAUACUCAUAAGCGGUUGUGAUUCAGUGAAAAGAAGCUUCAAAAUGAGCCCAAGAACAUUGAAAAAUGUUGACUAUUUCGGAAGUUAUUGAAAAUGUAAGAAAACAUUGAAAUUUACACUAUUUUUGCAAAAUCU